AAUGUACUUUCACACUACAAUCUGGUAUGCAUGCAACUGUUAUGGCAAUAAACAAUUUGUCAAUGAAUAACAAUUGUAUAUGUUACGUGAAUAUUUUCUCAACUAGAUGACAUGAAUGCGUUAGAAUGUGGCUUAUGAUAUUUCACUAAUGAAAGACUGUAAUCAGGGAUUGUUAUCAGUGCUUUAAUGACUGUUUUACAAUUUUCAGAUAAUAUCGCACAUUUCUGAUUAUCAAUCUUUCUAACUGACGUCCAAUCACUUCUGUAAUGAACAUCAUGCGUGAAAGUUUUGAUAUAGUUGUACGAAGUGAUAAAUAUACAUUGACAGUCAAAUUGUUGUACAGUGUUUCAAUUAUUCUGUUGAUCAUAUGGGUGAUGAACAUUUUACCAAGUCUUUUUCAAUGGAGAAUCAAUCAAGUCGAUCAUGAUGUAAUACCUAAAACAAUAGAAUUUUCGUGCAAUAAUAUAUCUGUUCCAAACGGGUCAGAAUCAGAUCUUGCUAGUAUAUUACACAAAAUAUAUUCCCUAUCAGUAAAACAUCCGUUCAAAAAUACCCACUGAGAUAUAGUCUGGAAGAAAAUAGACUUGAGAAAUUAUAUGAUUCAUUGGGUGUGAAUAAGACGGUGAGGACGUUUCUCAAAUAUGGGCAUCGUACAAUUUUUAGACCAAUGGUCUUUUCAAAAUGUCACGCUUCGAAAUGUGCAGUUAUCACUGACAUGAACAGAUGGCGAGAAGCUGAUGCACUUAUACUGACAGAAGAUAAAGUGCCGAAUGGAAUUCGACCUCCAGAGCAAUUAUGGUUUAGUUUAAUACAUGAGUCGCCUGUACAUAUUGCUAUGGCGGGUACACUGGAAAAUGAAAUUAAUUACACUAUCUCCUUCCGUCUGGAUUCAACGAUUUACUCACCAUACGGUUCCUAUGAGCCAUACAUGAAGCACCAUGGACCAGAAACACGAUAUCCUUUACCUUCUAGAAACUUCGCUACUGGGAAAUCAAAAAAAGUUGCAUGGUUUGUGAGUAACUGUAUACCGAAAAGUCCAAGAAUGCAAUACGCCAAAGAACUUUCACGAUAUAUCCCGGUGAGUUUGACAAAGCUUAACAUUGAGUUUCUACACGUUUUUCAAUAGUUUUGAGUAAACGAAUAAUUGACGAAAUACAAAAUGUAUACAGC